CGUACCCUUCCCAUACUACUACAACCACAAUCCAGGCGACAAGGCCGCAUUUUCGAGGAACUUUUCUGGAAGUUUCCGACGCCGUCGGCCUACCAGUUCCAUUUCCGGACGUUUUCCUAGCAUUUCCUCGUCGUUUCCUCGCAGGAGGAGGUUUCCGCGCCGUCCGCAGCCAUGAACUCCGCCCCUGAGAGCGGAAAUCCGCACGUGUUCUUGGACGUCAAGAUCGGGGAGGAGAAUGUUGGGAGGAUAGUGUUGGAGCUAUUUGCCGAUAAAUGUCCUCGCACUGCGGAAAACUUCAGGACAUUAUGCACGGGCGAGAAGGGCAUGGGUUCGAAAGGCUACCCUCUACAUUUUAAAGGAUCCACAUUUCACCGAAUUAUCGAGAACUUCAUGGUCCAAGGAGGUGACUUUACCAACCAUGACGGAACAGGUGGUGAAAGCAUAUACGGCGAAAGGUUUGACGACGAAAACCUGGAACUGAAACACACCUCAGACGGUAUUCUGUCCAUGGCCAAUGCAGGCCCGAAUACCAAUGGCUCGCAGUUCUUCAUCACGUUGGACGCCACUCCUCACCUCAACGGGAAACACGUCGUCUUCGGGAAGGUUGUCAAAGGGAUGGGAGUUGUGAGAGCGCUCGAGAAGGUUAAGACGGAUGGGGAUAAACCAGUCGAGAAAUGCGAAAUCUACGACUGCGGUCAGUUCGAGCCUGGGCAGUCGUUUGGCAUCAUGGAUGACGAUGGUACCUGCGACAUUUACCCCCAGUACCCGGAGGAUUCGGAUCUCGACUUCGGCAAUAUGGCUUUGGACCAGUUACUCAAAGCUGUUAGCGACAUAAAAGACGCUGGCAACAUGGUCUUCAAGAAACAGGACUACAACACUGCCAUCAACAAAUAUCGAAAAAGUCUCUUGUACAUUAAUAGGAUUAGAGGGAGGGAGGAAGAACUGAGUGAGGAAGACGAGAAGGCUAUCAACACCCUUGCUGUCUCAUGCCUUUUGAAUCAUGCGCUGUGCUGUACGAAGCUCAGUAUUUUCAACAAAAGUAUCCAGGAUUGCAGCGAAGCAAUAGAGAUGGACGAAUCCAAUGCAAAGGCGUACUUCCGUCGGGGGCAAGCGUACCACCUCGUCAAAGACCUGGACAUGGCCAGGAAGGAUCUCGAGAAAGCUCGGCAGCUGGAACCGGAGGACAAAGGAAUCGCAAAGGAACUCGCCGUAGUCAUAAACAAAAUCAAAGCAGAACGAGACAAGGAGAAAAAGGCCUAUGCCAAGCUGUUCCAGUGAAACCUUUCCAUUAGGGACUGAAGUGCCAGUGUUUUUCUGAGUUCCGUAGGACUUUUCCAUGUUUGUAUGUCACAGAAGUGCCAGUGUUCUUGAUUUCCGGUUUUCUCUUGAGACGCUAAGGACCUUUUCAUUUUUAUACGGGACCUCACUAUGCUAAGUUCUCUGAGAUGCUAAUAAAGUCAUAAAAUUAAAUAUA